AUGAGUGUGAAAAGUUACCGUUGUCAAGGAAACGUUUGCGUAGCAGAGUUCAUCACUGAGGUUGCCAUAGCAAAUAAACAAUGCCGAGUGAAAGUCUAUUUCCCGAAUGAUGACCCAGAACAGAAUGACUUAGGUGCGGGAGAGGUGUGUUUCGCUUAUACUGAACGAUUUCAGAGCUUGACUCUGCUCGUUCUCUCGCAGUCUGAUGGCACUGCGAUCUUGGAGAGCAAGAUAAAUCUCAGAACUCAUUAUAAAGAACAACAAGGAACAUUGUGGUCUGAAAGUGAGAACCAAGAUAUGGCAUUGAGCUUCCAGUUUGAAGCAAGUUGUCAAGAGAUCUGGGACGACAUUUGCCAUAUUCAAGGUACAGGUUCCUGCGUCGAAAUCACACACGAUUUCUUAGAGGAAUCACUAGAGCAAUAUCCUGAAGUGCUGGAAACCAGUACUAUGGUUGACUUGCCUAACUGUGAACUUGAUAAACUUCAACAAAUUUCUGAUUUAAUUACCUCAGUUCUCACCUCACCUAUCCUUAAGGAAAGGCUGGCUUUAGCCUUAGAAAAUAAGGACUAUAUAAAAAGUCUACUACAUCUGUUUCAUAUUUGCGAAGACAGAAAGGACACCAAAGGCUUGGGUCAUCUGCAUGAAAUUAUUAAAGGAAUUAUGUAUCUCAACAAGACCACUUUGUUUGAGAUCAUGUUAUCUGAUAAGUAUAUUAUGGACGUGGUGGGAUGCCUUGAAUAUGACCCUUCUUUGGAUCAACCAAAAAAUCAUAGAGAAUUCUUGACACAAAAUGUAAAGUUCAAGGAAGUUAUACCAAAAACAGAUUGUGCACUUAAGCGAAAAAUACAUCAGACCUAUAGAAUGCAGUACAUUCACGAUAUUCUUUCGCCUACAUCACCAGUAUUUGAAGAUAAUUUUAUCUCUACUCUUAAAACUUUCAUUUUCUAUAACAAGGUUGAAAUAAUCUGCUUGCUACAAGAUGAUGAUGUGUUUUUGUCUGGCAUUUUCACACAGUUAAUGGAUAAGACUACAGACUGUAACAAACUGUGUGAAAUGGUAUUGUUUGUCAAGGAAUUUUGUUCAUUUUCUCAGACAUUACAGCCUCACAAUAAGGAUAGACUAUUCAAAACCUUGACACAAUUGAAAAUUCUUCCAGCUCUUAAAAGUGUAAUGAGUGUGAAUGAUGUGCAAAUAAGGUCAGCUUCUGCUGAUAUAUUUGGUUUUCUAGUGGAGUAUAGUCCAUGCAUGAUCCGGAGGUUUGUGUUGGAAGAUGCUCAACAGAGUAAAGGCAGUGAUCUUUUCAUUAAUUUAGUUAUUGACCAGAUCAUCAGGGAUACUGAUCCUGAACUAGGAGGUGCUAUUCAGUUAACAGGACUUCUUCGUACUCUUCUUGACCCAGAGAACAUGCAAAUAACACCUAGUAGGUAUGAAAGAAAUGAAUUUCAGAAUUUCUUCUAUAAACACUGUCUGCAUAACCUCAUAGCACCACUUUUAGCUACCACUACAGAAGAUAUAUAUGAAAAGGAUAAUAUGCUUGAACCUGAUAAAACAAAUGAUUUUCUCAAUGAUUACCAAACCGCACAGCUGCUUGGAGUAAUUUUAGAGUUCCUCACAUUUUGUGUGCAACAUCACACAUACUACAUUAGGAACUAUAUUCUGAGCAAAGAUUUGCUAAGAAGAGUCUUGAUCUUGAUGAAUUCGAAGCACACUUUCCUGAUUUUGGAUGCUGUUCGAUUUAUGAGAAGGAUGAUUGGUAUUAAAGAUGAACUUUAUAAUUGUUAUAUCAUCCAGGGAAAUUUUUUUGAGCCGAUUGUUAAUACUCUUCUCAGUAACGGGGCCCGAUACAACAUGCUGAACUCAGCAAUUAUUGAACUGUUUGAAUACAUAAGAGUGCACAAUAUCAAGUCUCUUAUUACACAUGUAAUUGAAAAGUUUUAUAAAACACUUGGAUCAAUAGAGUAUGUUCAGACAUUCAAAGGAUUGAAGAUUAAUUAUGAACAAGAGAAAGACCGACAGAAAUAUAUACGGAAGAACUUGUACACUGUAGAGUAUGAUAAAAUAUUCUGCAGAAGUGUCAAAGUCUUAGAGGAAAGAGAAGAAAUAUGUUAUACAGAAAACAUAGAGGAAGGAAUGAUAGAUAAUCUACCCUUGGAAGGUGACUUUCAAGAUUAUGAUAAAGUUAUGGAGGUUAAAAAAACAAACAAAAAUGAGAAGGUGGAUCUCCCUAGUAGAACAUCAUCUGGUGACUUCAGAUUUGCUUCAUUCCUUUCUACUUGCCCAAACAGAAGUGAUUUGGUUGGCUCAGUGGAGAACCCAGAAGAAGAUGAAAAUGAAGAUGAACCACCCCCCAGGAAAAGACCACAUCUUAACUUGUAAAAUCUUUAUGAAAGACCCCUAAACAUUGCUAAAAUCUGCAAACAUUGAUUAACUAAAAAGUUUGAAUCCAAAAGCUUUCUAAUAUGAAUUAGUACAUAAUGGUAAAAUAUCUAUCAUGCUUCCAUAGAAACUAUACUUCCCAAAACAUUUAAAAAAAAAAGAAGAAGAAGAACCUGAGUAAUAACUUUUAAGCCAGAAAAGUCUUAAUUUGGAGAGAGGUAACAGGUUGAAUAAUGUACUAUACUCCAGAAUUAUGUCUGAGAGACAGUUGUAGAUAGCGAAGUUAUAAGACCUAUGGCAAUUGUUGCACAGUUCCUCUGCUGUGCUUCCCCCCUUUAGACAUCUUCUUUGACAUAAUUUAUGUCUGGAUUUUCAUGAAAACAGUCACCUAUAAUUAAGAACAGUGAAAUCAUUCACAUUUCUACAGAGAGUAAACAGUCCUAUUAAUAAUUGGAGGGAAGUAACUUUAAAUCUGUAUUUUCAUGAAUAAAAAGGAAGCUGGAUUCAAAA